GACAAUUUAACAGCGCUGUAUUACCUAUAACAAUACUGUCGUGUACGGCUGAGAAUAACCCCAGGCUAUUGGAUCCAAUUUCCGAACCAAGGAGCAAAACGUAGACGAAAAUGAAAGAAUGUGUCAUUUUCAUGCCUUUAAUUCUCCCGCAGAGUGGGCUGCAGCGCUGUUUUAUCGGACAGUGGAUUAUACUUGUAAAAUUGAAUGUUUCUCAUCUCCGAACAGCUGCCUCUACUCAAUAAAUCAUUAAUUUAACCAUUCCGAUCUUUCCGAAUACAAGGUUUAUACGGAAUAGCGCGAGGAUAUGAUGUAAAAUAUUUAUAAACUCGGAUUCUUAAAUAUAAGUGUUUCAUCUGGAAACGGAUGUAGCGAUGAUUAGAGAGCUAAGAUUUGAUUGGAUAAAAAGUGCUAAUUGCACGAAGGGCAGGUGAUAUUUGUAACAGCCACGCGCAUUGUCACGGUAGGUUGAUAAACAGUGUACCGUGACCGAUAUAGGCAAAGCGGAGUGGCGCGGCAAGCACACGAGGAGCACAUCACACCUCUGGUCACACCGACAGAUCAUUGUUAGCGGACUGCUGUAAAUAACGAAUUGCACAGACGUCGUCGGAGGGAAGAAAAAGAGCCCCAAGUUCAGCAAUGCCACAUACGGGUCAGACCGGUGUGAACCAGCUGGGAGGUGUAUUUGUAAAUGGCCGACCACUUCCAGAUCAGGUCCGACGGAGGAUUGUGGAGCUUGCGCACAUGGGAGUAAGGCCUUGUGAUAUUUCAAGACAGCUUCUAGUUUCUCACGGAUGUGUCAGCAAAAUCCUCACCAGAUAUUACGAAACAGGCUCCAUCAAGCCAGGUUCUAUAGGCGGAAGUAAGCCAAAGCAAGUUGCAACCCCCUACGUGAUAAAGAAAAUUUUGGAUCUAAAGAGACAAAACCCUGCCAGUUUUGCAUGGGAGAUAAGGGACCAAUUGAUGGCUCUUGGAGUCUGUGAUGAACAUACAAUUCCUAGUGUCAGCUCCAUAAAUCGAAUUCUCAGAAACGCAGGGACCAUGACUGCCAACUUUUUGUACCAACAGGAAGUCGCAAUGGAACAACUGUCCUCUUCCGGUUCACAGUGUCAGACAUUGCCCAUGAUGGUACCGCCACCUGGGUAUACAUCAUUUCCUAUGACAGUGCCCGGAUUGUCGUAUCCAAAACUGGUUGAACAAAUUGAUACUGCUGAUAAUUCAUCGGAAACAUCGACAACAGAUAAUAAACGUACAACGGAUUCAGAUGCCAAAAGUGAUAAAGACGACGAAUGUGUUAAAGAGGAGAAUGACGAGAAAGACGUGAAAGACGUGAAAGACGACGGAUUCAAACUAGAAGAACGAUUCCCAAGCAUAGUUGCCAAACAACAGAACUCUUCGCUUUCAUUUUCAAGGCAUUCUCUGCAGCAAGCUAGACUGAAGUGUCACCCCUUCAAACCCGUGAAACGCUUCCCAGACGAGGCGUAUUACCAACACCAGAGCAGUCUUCUUUACCCCCACCUCUUCAUGUUUCCCUCAUACGCGGCCUCUAACCAGAUCAGAAUGGCCGAGCACUUCAGCUCUAUGGCACAUCGUAACUUUGGACAGCAGUAUUUCUCAAAUCCAAUUCCUCCAACAUGAAUACCAACGCUUGUAGCACAUAUAUGUAUAUUGCGCUUAUUUGUUAUAAAACAGUUCUUCAUCUUGGAUUAAAAUGGCAAUGUUGUUGAGAUAUCUGACUUCUGAAACAAAAGCAUUGCAUUGUUUUAUGAUAUGAGAGCAAAAUUAUUGAACCCUUUUGAAGACAUUUUUCUUCUGCACCUCGACAAGAUUCGCUGAAGAAGAUUAAAACAGUUGACACAUGGAAUCGGACAAAUGAUUCGUGCAGGAAGGAUACCGUUGUGAAAUUCUGUGUUAACCCAAAGGAACGUCUGUGAGAUGCGAAACAUAAUGUGAUGUUUUUGCGACAUAAAUACAUGUAUAGCAGCUAUCCUUUUUUCUUGUAACCUAUGAACAGUAUUCGUGUGUUUCAUGCCAAAUAAAACAUUCAGUAUAACGAUAUAUAUAUUUUUGUAAAUAUGAAUUAAAUUAGAAAAGUACUAAGGUAAGAAGAAAAAACAAUGUCUUGAUGUCAAUUUCAGGUUAAAUUCAGGACAAUUCCAGGCAAAUUUUUAGAUCAAUUUGACCUAAAAAGGUCAAUUUCAGGUGCAAAAUUGGCCUUAAUUUAACAUGGAAUUUACCUGAAUUUAACUUGAAAUUGACAUCAACACUUGACAUGAAAAACCUCUUGAUGUCAAUUUCAG